ACAUUACAUGAUGGACUUGCGUUUUACUUUUUGAAACAUUACCUGAAAUAUCUGUUACAAUAGUUGGAAUUGCAUUCAGUUGUACACCUGACUAGGUAUCCCGUUUUCCCAAUCUGUCACUCCAUAAUGAUGGGGGAAGGGAGAAUCCUCCAUCCCUACGUCUCUGACGUCGGGGCGUGAAAGAGAGGGCAGGCGAGGAGAGGAAGCUGCGAUCAACACAGGCAGGGCGUCUGAGCCUAAACAAGGACAAAGUGAUCACGGUAUCAAUGCUCUAACAAUGGACUUAGCAGAUAUGCUUGUCGUCAAAUUCUUCUGUUUCGUCUACUUAAUAAAUUACACCCAGGGUUAUCAUUAUGGGAACCCCCUGAACAAGUAUGUGCGUCACUACGAGGGUCUGUCCUAUAACACCUAUGAGUUACAGGACAAGCACCUGAGAGCCAAGAGGGCCCUCCUCCACCAAGACACAUUUCUCCAUCUAGACUUCCACGCACACGGAAGACAUUUUAACCUGAGGAUGAAGAGAGACACCAGUCUGUUUGCUGAGGACCUGAAGGUAGACAUGGGAGGACAGGAGGUGAACUAUGACACCUCUCAUAUCUACACUGGAGAAAUAUAUGGUGAGAAAGGUACCCUGAGCCAUGGGUCUGUGGUGGAUGGGAAGUUUGAGGGCUUCAUCCAGACGUACCAGGGGACGUUCUACGUAGAGCCAGCUGAGCGAUACCUGAAGGACCGGGACGUUCCCUUCCAUUCAGUUAUCUACCACGAGGACGACAUCAAUUACCCCCACAAGUAUGGUCCAGAGGGGGGCUGUGCCGACCACUCUGUGUUUGAGAGGAUGAAGAAAUACCAGGCCACCGCCAUGGAGGAGCCAAACACGAAGCUCCAUGCAGAGGAGGCGUCCAGUGACCCGGUGUUGCUGAGGAAGAGGAGGACGGCUCAGAUAGAGAAGAACACCUGCCAACUCUUCAUCCAGACAGACCACCUCUUCUUCAAGUACUACAAGACCAGGGAGGCUGUCAUCGCACAGAUCUCUAGUCACAUCAAGGCUAUUGAUGCCAUCUACCAGGGAACAGACUUCAUGGGUAUCCGGAACAUCAGCUUUAUGGUCAAGAGGAUACGGAUCAACACUACUACAGAUGAGAGGGACCGGUCCAACCCUUUCCGCUUCGCUAACAUCGGCGUGGAGAAGUUCCUGGAGCUGAACUCUGAGCAGAACCACGACGACUACUGUCUGGCCUACGUCUUCACUGACAGGGACUUUGAUGAUGGUGUGCUGGGUCUGGCCUGGGUUGGAGCUCCUGCAGGGAGUUCUGGAGGUAUCUGUGAGAAGAGUAAGCUGUACUCUGACGGGAAGAAGAAGUCCCUGAAUACCGGCAUCAUCACUGUUCAGAACUACGCCUCCCACGUCCCUCCGAAGGUCUCACACAUCACCUUUGCCCACGAGGUGGGACACAACUUUGGCUCGCCGCAUGACUCGGGGUCAGAGUGCACCCCAGGGGAGUCGAAGACCCAGGAUAAGAAGGAGAAGGGGAACUACAUCAUGUACGCCCGGGCCACAUCAGGAGACAAGCUCAACAACAACAAGUUCUCUGUCUGUAGCGUCAGGAACAUCAGCCAGGUCCUGGAGAAGAAGAGGGGAAGCUGCUUUGUCGAGUCAGGCCAGCCCAUCUGUGGUAAUGGGUUAGUGGAGCCAGGGGAGGAGUGUGACUGUGGAUACAGCGAUCAGUGCAGAGACCAGUGUUGCUAUGACGCCGACCAGCCUGACAACAGGAAGUGUAAACUAAAACCCAACAAAGUCUGCAGUCCCAGCCAGGGCCCGUGCUGUACUCCUGAGUGCUACUAUAAGGGCCGUAAUGAGAAGUGUCGUGAGGAGUCUGAGUGUGCUCAUCAGGGCAUGUGUAACGGGGGUACGGCCCAGUGCCCCACCUCUGAACCCAAGGCCAACUUCACCGCCUGCCACGGAGAAACUCAAGUGUGCCUCAACGGGGGCUGUUCUGGCUCCAUCUGUGAGAAGUAUGGUCUGGAGGUCUGUACCUGUGCCAGCGUGGAGGGCAAGGACGAGACUGACGAGCUGUGCCACGUUUGCUGUAGUGAGAAAAUGAACCCCAACACCUGCAGCAGUACGGGUUCAGAGAAGCUGGCCGGGUUCUUCAAUAAGAAAGUCACCACGCUGCCUGCGGGGUCUCCCUGCAACGACUUCAAGGGCUACUGUGACGUGUUCAUGAGGUGUCGGCUGGUGGACGCGGACGGCCCUCUGGCCAGACUGAAGAAGGCCAUCUUCAACCCUGAGCUCUAUGAGAACAUUGCAGAGUGGAUCGUGGCUCACUGGUGGGCAGUGUUGUUGAUGGGCAUCGCUUUGAUCAUGUUGAUGGCUGGCUUCAUUAAGAUCUGUAGUGUCCACACCCCUUCCAGCAAUCCCAAACUGCCUCCCCCCAAACCACUACCGGGUGAGUGUCUGUCUUCACACCCAGCUCUCCCACCCAAACCACUACCAGGUGAGUGUCUGUCUUCACACCCAGCUCUCCCACCCAAACCACUACCAGGUGAGUGUCUGUCUUCACACCCAGCUCUCCCACCCAAACCACUACCAGGUGAGUGUCUGUCUUCACACCCAGCUCUCCCACCCAAACCACUACCAGGUGAGUGUCUGUCGUCACACCCAGCUCUCCCACCCAAACCACUACCAGGUGAGUGUCUGUCGUCACACCCAGCUCUCCCACCCAAACCACUACCAGGUGAGUGUCUGUCGUCACACCCAGCUCUCCCACCCAAACCACUACCAGGUGAGUGUCUGUCGUCACACCCAGCUCUCCCACCCAAACCACUACCAGGUGAGUGUCUGUCUUCACACCCAGCUCUCCCACCCAAACCACUACCAGGUGAGUGUCUGUCGUCACACCCAGCUCUCCCACCCAAACCACUACCAGGUGAGUGUCUGUCGUCACACCCAGCUCUCCCACCCAAACCACUACCAGGUGAGUGUCUGUCGUCACACCCAGCUCUCCCACCCAAACCACUGGAGAUACGAGCCGGUCUUCUCAAUGGACUUACUUUACUCUACUUAGUCUUGUUUUCCUCUCUGUGGUCGUUUUGUUGGGGUGCGUUACAAACCUUCAGACGAUUUGGGAAGUGGAGCAGACGAGCUGUUGAUAGGUUGUGAACUAAUCCGUCUCCCCCCUCGACACCAGGCACGCUAAAGAGGAGGAGAGCCCAGCAGCACGCACGGGACGCCCGAGACGCCCAGGUGCACCAGUCCCAGUCCCACCAUGGAGGUGGAGAUC